ACCGAAAACCAUUUCCUCUCCACUUUAGUUCCUUCUUCCUGCCUCUCUCUCUCAGUCGCCUCCUAUGCUCGCCGGCGUCGCCCGCCGCCGGCGAUGCCGAGCCCGCUGAAGCGCCGCAUCCCAGGCCGCCUCGGCCGCCUCCUCGCCUCCCUCCGCCCGCCCUCCCGCGCGGGCCCUCUCCCCGUCCAGACCGGCUUCCCCACCUCCCUCGCCGACCUCCUCGUCAAGAACCAUGACCGCCUCCUCCUCACCAAGCCCAGGCGCCGCCGCCGCCCGACCCCGCCGACGACGACGACCGCUACGGCCUCCGUUGCCGCCGCCGACGUCGAGACACCGCUGCCCAGUGGGCGGGAGGAGCUCGAGGAGGAGAAGGUUGGCGGCGUCGCUGUCAGGCUCCGCCCGGAGCUCCUCGGCGUCGGCGCGGCGGCGGCGCUCGCGCUGAUGGUGAUCUGGAGCAGGUGGUUGGUGGCGGCCGUCACCGUCGCCUCGCUGUCGCUGUUCUGGAUCGAGUCCGUCAGGUCCUCCUCCUCCCGCCUCCGGCCACGGCCACGGUCAACUCCCGCGGCGGAGACCGCCGCUGAGCUGCCGGAUUUGCGCGGCCGCGGCGUCGUCUCACCGAUCCGGGAGGCGGCGGCAGCGACGCCCAGGCCGAGCUCCGCCGAUUCCGACGUGGGGAGCGAGGUCUCCGUCUCCUCCAUUUGGACCGACGGCGACGAGAUGAGCCAGCUCGUCGUCGGCGAUUCGACGACCAAUCCCACCAAGAGGAAGGAGAAGAGGAGGUGGCUGAGGAAGCUAAUCGCCAAGAGGAAGGAGAAGAAGGAUUCCUCGGUGGUCUCCCCCUCCCACGGCGAGGUUGUCGGCAACGCCGCCGCCGAGCAGCAGCAGCAGCCGUCAACGUCGGCGGAGCCGAUCAUGGCGGAGGCGUCGCCGGCGGAUGGUCGACGAGGAGGCGCAUUGCCCGUCGCGGCGUUCGUCCCGGUCGUCCUCGUAGGCCUCGUCGGCGGGAAGCUCCCGGCGGUGGCGCUGACCGUGAUCUUCGCCGUGUUCUUCAGCUCAGUGGAGAGGAGAUCACCAGCUUAGCUCUAGUGAUGAUGAACUCAUCUCACCAUCAGUUCAGGUUUCUGAAUUUCUUCAGAAAUCAAUCCGAAAGCUGCCCCUCGAAACCGAGGGAAACUUUCAGAAAUUCAGAUCGAGUUCGUUCGUUUGUUGUAAAUUUAGAGAACCCAAAAAAACAAAAGACAUAAAUCAAAGUGUAUAAUACUAGUACAUCUCUUCUGUUCUUCUGUUCUUGUUCAUCCCAACUGUUCUUGUAAACUGCAAAUCGCAUUCCUUCUUUACUCUGAAUUAAGAAGUGAAAUGUUGGUGUUGUUAUGCCUGAUCA